AUGUUGCAGCUCCUACGCGUUGGGCUUAUUGCUCUGCUGGCCACGCUGCUGGCGCCAGCGGCAAUUGUGGAGGCCACCUGCGGGCUGUGUUACCACGCGCACACCUGCACCAGCAACACCACCUUUCAGCUGUGUUAUAAUGGCGUCCCAUAUCCGGAGCAUAGCUUUUCCUGUCCGGAGGACAACCCGAUUUGCACGGAAUUUGGCGAUAUUUGCAUGGGUCAGGAUUUACUUCCCGCCUGCGGGGAUACAUCCAAGUGUGAACAGUGCAGCAAUGGUGAAAUGUACGCCUGCGCCUCUCGCACCACCUUCGGCAGAUGCGAUGGCGGCGUACUCCUGCCUGAGCGCAGUCCCUGCCCCACAGACUGGUUCUGCAGCGUCUCUGGAGCAGCGAUAGGAGAUCCCUGUGUUUCAAGAUGCGAACCGGACAGCCAAGACACGUGUGAUAGGGUCGAGAACGAGUCGGGCACUACGCCAACACCUGAUCCGAGCACAGAGUCUAGCCCAACUGCCGCCACUACUGGUCAGAGCACCGCUGCUAGCCCAACCACUGACAGCAGCAGCAGCAGCAGUAGCAGCAGCAGUAGCAGCAGCAGCAGCAGCAGCAGUAGCAGCAGCAGCAGCAGCUCCACGACAACAGCUACACCACAAUUUGAUGCGGAUCAAUACUGUCGCGGCAUUCAGAAAGCAGGUCGCUUUGCCAAACCAAGUGACACAGAAUGCACCAGCUUCAUCAGUUGUUUCUACAGGGGUGGCGUCUGGCAGGCAAACAUAGUCGCUUGUCCGGCAGAAAAACCUUACUUCAAUGCGAUCUCCGCUUGCGGCACGCCUGUUGUCCAUAAUUGCCGCAGCAAUUGCAACUGACUUACGAGAAUAUUAUGGGCAUUUGGUCGGCGGCCCGGUAGCUAGUCAGGUGUAUUAUUAUGAUAAAGCUUUUAGCUCAUUAUCGCAGUGUUAGAUUCUUUUUUGUUUCGUGGUUUUUAUGUUGC